UGGAAAGAAGUGUAGUUUGUAAAAUAGGGGGGUUGGACUUGAUUGAUUAGCAGGCAAAAACACAACCUUACAACUUUGUACAGUAACCGUAAUUGAUAUUUUAUAAACAGGCGUUCGGUCAUACUGAUUGCCCAUGGACUUUCAUUUGAUCUCUCCGUAAGCUUCGUGUUUCCAUUCUGAUGUCACACUGAUAGCCCGCGACAGAGCAAGAUAGGCUUUACUUGUUGCUAAAGUAAUCGCUGUAUGUCACUGUUUCUCAGCUAUUUAGCUAGCUUGGUAACGUUAGCCAGCUAGCUACCUUUCUCCAGAUUGUAAGGUUCCUGCGCAUGUAAGUGUCGCCGUUUAUUUACGUAUCGACCAUUGGGACGAUUGAUUACUGCGUGCGCGGAGGUUUGAAGGCCUGGAGACAGGUUUGGAAUGUUGGGGGGAAACGGGUCAGGAAUGGGCACAAGAGCAGGAGGUGCGCGACCAGGCAAUGGGACUGGAUUGAAUACCUCCGGAACAAAUACGGGAAUCAAUUUACCCGAAGGUGGUAGAUUCGAAGACAGAGAAUACCCAAGCGAAGUGGUUUUCAGUGGUUCUGACCAGGAGUCCGAUUCGGGGGAUGACGAGGACACUAUGGGUUCAGCCGGGGACAGAAGAGGGGUGAAGCGGGAGAGGGCUGAGAUGGAGGUCGGUUCAUCACCAGCAACGUCGAUGGGCUUGCCUGGAGGUUAUAGUGGAGUCGCCGGAGGUGCAACAGGGGCUAAGCCAGGCAAGAAGACCCGCGGUCGUGUCAAGAUAAAAAUGGAAUUCAUCGACAACAAACUUCGGAGAUACACAACUUUUAGCAAAAGGAAGACUGGUAUUAUGAAGAAGGCGUAUGAGCUCUCCACAUUGACAGGCACCCAGGUGCUCCUCCUGGUGGCCAGUGAGACGGGCCACGUGUACACCUUUGCCACUCGCAAGCUGCAGCCCAUGAUCACCAGCGAGACGGGCAAGGCCCUUAUUCAGACCUGCCUCAACUCGCCUGACUCGCCACCACGCUCUGACCCAUCCACCGACCAGCGCAUGAGCGCCACAGGGUUCGAGGAGACCGACCUCACCUACCAGGUGUCGGAGGCCGACGGCUGCACAGAAGUCGCCAAGGACAUGAAGCCAACCUUCACUGUGGCCAACCUGCCUAGUGGCAUCAACGCGCAGCCCCUGCCCGUCUCCUCCGCCCCCUCCUCCAGUGCUGUGGCCAUGCACCUGCAGAACAGCAAUCCCGCCACCUGCUGGCAGGUCUCAGCCGGCAUCAACACCCACAGCACCAGCAUAAACGGCACGGUGCUCAAGGGCUCGCCCGCGCCCGCAGGUGUCAUGUUGCCCGGAGGUUUUACCCUCAUGUCCGGCGCUCAGCUUCCCCCCGGCACGCACACCAUCCCCCUCAGUCAGCUGCAGGCCCUCCAGGGGCCCCUGGGGCCGGCCGGCAUCGCUACCACGCACGCUCAGCAGGGCCAGCAGGCCACACUCCUCCGCCUUCCCGCAACCGUCUCGCUCACAGGAGGAGGGAUGCCCCAGCAGCUCCAGGCCAUCCAGGUACACCCCAGCAGCCAGCAGAGCUCCCUCAGCCACAGCAGCUCUGAGCUCUGUCACACCACUGGCAGCUCCACAGUGAGCCUGCCCACCACCAUUGUCACAUCAUCUGUGCCCUCCUCCGUGGCGGGUCACAUGAUGUACCCCGGUGCCCACACGGUCAUGUACGCCACGCCCACCCCUUCCCUCUCCGAUGGAGGCUUGACCGUGCUCAACACCUUCUCUCAGGCCUCCCACGCACAAUCCCAUGACGCCGGUGCUGUUCCACAGGUGUUCCUCACAAUGCCACCAGGGGCAGUGCAGCUACACCCGAUGGUGAUUGGCCAGCAGUCGAGCAGCAGCACUAGCAACCUAACAGAGCUUCAAGUGGUCAAUCUGGACGCCCACACAAAGGACGAUUGACCUGUCCACAUAUCAAUAGACUGCUUUUCACACACACACACACCAGGGGAUCACUGACGCUUUGCCAACUGUUACCCCCUAUUUAUUACUGCCUUUUCACAACCACUAUAUUGGUUUUAUAACAAACACAAAGAUGUACACACACUCACUAUUUACCAUGAUGUUGAAUUAGGAGUGACAUUAAGGUCCAGUCAGUUUCCUUUGUAUAGAUGUAACAUAUGUUUUGUGGUGAUCUUUUCUUUGCAGUUGAUUAAUUAUGUGAAACAUGCAUACACUGCUGGUGCUGCUGUCACAUUUCAUUCAAGGAUGUGUGUGUGUGUGUGAGUGCACAAUAGCUUUUUUGUAUAGGUAAACUGAUUGCUUAAUUCAUUCUGGUUUGCACAUGAAUGUAUUUCUUUUUUUAAGCCCAUUGUCUGUUUUUUUUUUUGGGUAUUACUGUAAAUGAAUGGUAAUGUAAUAAUGCCAAUUACUGAAUUCUAUGGGUAAAUAUUUCCCGUUUUACUUUUUAUUUGAUUUUGAUGCUUUGGUGCCAAAUGGCCUUGAGACUUCUGUUUAGGGAAACCCAUCACCUGUAUCUGCGUGUUCUGUCCUGGACUCAAAACCACCAUAGAUCCAGUCAUCUAUAUAACUGAUUAACUGAUCUACUUGAUGUAGGCCAAUAAAUGCAUACUGUAACAUGUAUUGAAAGCCUGAUUAAUGAAAGUUCAUAAAUAUGUCUAUAAUAUAGAUGACCAAGACCUACUGUCCACUGUAUGUAUUUGUAUCGGUGGAAUUGAUUGGAGCUGGCUUCACAAGAGUGAACUAACACUGUCCCAACCAUCAAAACUAGGGAGGGGGGAGGGGGUUAGGAUGGUAAAGUAAGGCUUAUUUGCGAUGUUAUGCAACCAUGACAUGCACGACAGGGUACCCAGUCAAUUACUUGGGUACUGCCUUCUAGUAGGAUAGAUAUACUUCACUAAAAGUUGUAAAAGGGUCACCAAAUGCACUUGUACAGUAAUAUGUAUUACUGUACAAUACAUCACUUUCAAGCAAUAGCCUUCUGAUGUUUUUUCCCCCUGAUGAAGUAUUACUUUGGAUUCUGCAUUUAAGUGAAAAAAAUAUAUUUGUAUGUGUAUUCUCCACAGUUAAAAAAAUUUUUUUUAAAGAGGAUGAAUCAGGAGAUUCAUUAGCAUCAUUUAUAAAAUGUUAUUUUAGUGGCAUUCUCAAGGAUUCUAUGUAGAAAAAAAUGGAUUACUGACAACAAGAUCAUUUACAGAAAAGUGUGUUGGGCAAGUUUUAAUGACAGACACCAUCAAUAUCCAUAUCUUACUUUGCUGGAUUGCUUGGAACACAGGCAUAUAUAUAUACACAUAUGCACAUCUCCAUGUUUUCAACCACUUUUAAUACCUUUCUGAGUUGAGUUGACAGUUUGCCUAUGCUGCAUGUGUCAUCCUUUUAUGUUUUAAUUUCGUAUAUAAGUAAAAUCAUGUUUUUAUGCCUCAAAUGAGUACAUAUUUACAGUUUUUAGGAAAAUGAUAUUACAGGAGCAGCAUAUAAUGAGUCAUGGGUUGUUUUAAGAGUUUGGAAAUCAUAUUUUAUAUAUCUUAUCACUGAUAACUGUACAUAAUUUAAAUGUGUAAUAAAUGUACUUUUAGAGAAA